AUCCAGUAAUUUUCCAAAAUGAGAAUAAAAACAAUCUCUAGAACAAAGGAAGAUUACGUUAAGGAGAGAGAGGGGGACAUUGACAAAGUGUACCACAAUUACGAUCCCAAAUAUCACCCAUUUCAGCAGCAAAGAGAGUAUGUGCGUGCUCUGAAUGCUGUGAAACUCGAUAAGAUUUUUGCUAAACCUUUUAUUGGUUCCUUAACAGGACACUCUGACGGAGUUUGGUGUACUUGUACAAGCCCGAAAAGUCUAGUGCAAUUUCUGUCGGGUGCUUGCGACGGAGAAAUCCGCGUGUGGGAUUUGCCCACGCAGAAAACUGUUUUUCACAUUCAAGCUCAUUCUCGCUUUGUUCGAGGCUUAGUUUGUGACCCUGCCGGGAAAACGUUUUAUUCGUGCAGCGACGAUGGUACGAUCAAACGUUGGCGUUUGACCAUGGACGUGGAUACUCAAGGAAUCAAAGGGUCGGACUACAACCCCGAGCCGAUCAACACAUGGCACGGAAAGAAUGAGUUCUAUUCGAUCGAUCACAGUUGGCAGGACGACACAUUUGUGACCUGCAGCACCGUCAUUAGUGUGUGGAGCCCGGAGCGCCAAGAGCCAAUCCACGAGUUUUCCUACCAGACGGAGAAUCUGUUAAAGGCCAAGUUUAACCCCGCCGAAGCGGGACUGCUCGCAGCCACGUCGAGCGAGCGAGGCGUUCUCCUCUAUGAUGUCCGCGCGUCGUCCAUUCUGCGCAAGGUGCAGAUGAGCAUGAAUUCGAACGAUAUCGCGUGGAACCCGCGCGAGCCGAUGAACUUCACAGUGGCCAACGAGGACUAUCACUUGUACACGUUCGACAUGCGGAACUUAGCAACUCCGAUGACCACACAUACGGAUCAUGUGGGGGCUGUGAUGUCCGUCGCGUACUCGAGCACUGGCCGGGAAUUCUGCUCGGGAAGCUAUGACCGAACGAUCCGCAUUUGGAAUGUGUCGAGCAGUCGAAGUCGAGAAGUAUAUCACACUUCGCGUAUGCAACGCAUCUUCUGCGUGAACUUCUCUGCGGACGGUCGAUUCGUUAUCUCCGGGAGCGAUGAUACCAAUGUGCGAAUAUGGAAGGCGUAUGCCUCGGCGCCGUUGUAUAAGCCGUCGAAGCGCGAAGAAGAGAAGCUGGAUUAUCAGAACAGCCUGAAAAAGAAGUAUGCAGCGUUCCCUGAAAUCCGCAAGAUAGCAAGACAUCGACACUUACCGAAGGUGCUGAAGAAGAUGAAAGAUAAGGAGGAGAACAGAAAGAAGAAGGAUAAGUCCGUGUUUAAUGAAAUGCAGUAGUUUUAGAAUGC